ACAAAACAGUGGGAGGUUUCCGGAAAAAUUGCUCACCGGAAAGGAAGGCCGGAGCCCAAGAAGAAGAAGAAGAAGAAGGAGAACAAGCAAAGCAAGAAGAAGAGACCGACGUCAGUGCUGUCGCUGAUGAGACCAGAAAAGAAAAAAAAGGUUCUGUAACUGGUGAGGUCUCCUCUUCCUCUGGGUCGUCUCCCGCCUGACCUGAACACCAUCUCUUUCCCGUCUGGCUCUGCCUCCCCUCUUCCCUCGCACCGAGUCCAGGCCUAAAGAUAUCCAGAAUCCUCCCCGCCUUUCCACCAGCUUUGAUCACUGCAGUCUUCCAGUUUGAACUGCACCAUGGCAGGGAGAGGUGGACCAGCCCGAACCAAUGGCACUCCAGCAAGCAACAAGAUCUGCCAGUUCAAGUUAGUGCUGCUGGGAGAGUCUGCAGUCGGGAAAUCCAGCUUGGUGCUGCGCUUCGUCAAAGGCCAGUUUCACGAAUACCAAGAAAGCACCAUUGGGGCUGCCUUCCUCACACAGACCGUAUGUUUGGAUGACACAACAGUAAAGUUUGAGAUCUGGGACACUGCAGGACAGGAGAGAUAUCACAGCUUGGCUCCCAUGUACUACAGGGGAGCUCAGGCUGCAAUCGUGGUGUACGAUAUCACAAACACAGAUACAUUUACACGUGCGAAGAACUGGGUGAAAGAACUGCAGCGGCAAGCCAGCCCAAAUAUUGUCAUUGCACUGGCAGGGAACAAGGCAGACCUGGCUAACAAGAGGGCUGUAGAAUUCCAGGAAGCACAAUCAUACGCGGAUGAUAACAGUUUGCUGUUUAUGGAAACCUCAGCCAAGACUGCGAUGAAUGUCAAUGAGAUUUUUAUGGCUAUCGCCAAGAAGCUUCCUAAGAAUGAGCCUCAAGGAGGAGCUGGUGCCAGUGGACGAGUCAGAGGUGGAGUAGACCUGCAGGAAGCCCAACCACAGGGAAGAAGCAGCCCGUGCUGUGGAGGUGGGAACUAAUGGACUAAACGCGUCAGCUGAUCCAAACAAUCCACAGCUUCUAUCAAGUAGACCAGAUGUCAGGUGUCCAGCAACAUCCCAUGGUCUAACCAUGCCAAAGCAUGGUCUCACCAUCUCUACUCUCAGCGCCUAUCAGCUGUUUGGCAAAAAAAAAAGAAAGAAAAAAAGAUAUCACUGGCCAGAAACCAGCCAGGCCCUGACCAAUGGUGUAUAAACCAAUCAAAAGAGCAAGAAAUGAAAUCAACCUAAAAUCAUGAUUGUGCCCUGGAAUUUUCUAGUCUACGGACAUGUGACAUCACAUUAUUGGAAAAGAAAGUUCCACUUCUGAAAGAAGGAAGGAAAACGAGAUGUAAUGUCACCUGUGGCAUUUUUUUUGGGCCAUGCUAUCGCAGGUUUGUUCUAUGUUUGUCUGGGAAAGAAAGAUUGACAGGAAGGGGGAAAGAAUGUUAACAGUCCUUCAGGAUUUUAGCCUUUCCUUUCCACACUUUGCUUCCUCUGACAUAUUUCUAUCAUGAUCCUGUGACACUUCUGAAACCUGAAUAAAAGUGCAUGUUUUUCAUUUUAUGUCUUGUUUAUGGCCUGCUUUCUAGACGAGAUUAAAAGAGAAAGUUGUUGAUGGUCCAUGGAAAUGAGCAAUUGUUUCCUUCUUGGUAGAGAGCUGUGUAGAUUGAUUGAUUUAAUGACACCACUUUUAUUACAGCUUUGACCUUUUAUGCCUGUUCAGUACAAGGGGUCACAAUAAUGUUUUUCAACCUUCAACCUGCUAUCAAACCAUUAAAUUUUUUCCAGUAUGAGUACUUUAAGCAUUAAUGUCUUUUUCUUCAAUCAUCAGUGUACCAUAACGAGUACACGUAGCUAGAUUUAUUUUCAUGACCAAAACUACAACCGUGUAUCAAAAACAUAUCACUGGAUUUGUAUGAGACUGUUCAACUUGCUAAUCGAUCAAUAGUUAUUAUCAAAACAAUCCUGAUCUCAUCUCUACGUGCACUUAAUAAUUUUUUUGUCAUACUUUUUUUCCUAAAUAUCUAAGGUAUUAAAUGCACUGGUUUCUGUCUCAUUAUGUCAUGUGAAUUUCAAUGUAAUUGGUUUUCGUUUUUGCUUUCACUUUCUUUUUGCAGUUUAUAUCAGGGAGGGGAUUUCCAUUCAGCUGUCAUGUUGUUGCGGCUUCAGCAAUUAGCACAAAACUACCCGUAACGGCAGCCACUGCUGUUAGGUAGAGGAUCAUGGGAAGUGUGGGGUCGAGGGGAGAGAUGGUGGAAAGAUGUAAUUUUAUGAAUAAACCAGGACAUUAUCUUCUU